AUACAAGUGAAAAACCCCUAUCAAAACCCCUUAGGUGGCCCAGUUCUCUUGCUCUUCCGAUUCGAUUGCAGUGCAGAGCAAAGCAGAGAGAGACGCAAAAAUUUACAUAUAUGAUUCGUCAGACUUUCUGUUCAAACUCAGCAUCAAACUCUCGUCGCUGGAUUUCUUCGACAACACAACUUCAUGGCUCCUCUUGGAUGGACAAGAUUAAAGGUGCAUUCGCCGGCUGUCAAAAGACCUCCUCUGAACCUGAAUUACCCACCUCUCAGUCAUUCACUCUCCUUCGAUUUGCGGACGAAUUGAGCAAAGCGAGGAAAUUGGGGACUCUGAAGCAGUACAUUGUAGGGCGAAGUAGCGAAGCUACAUUUGCUGAUGCUUUUGAGAAGCAAGAAUCGAUUAUCAGAUAUCUUGGUGCUUUGGAUCCCACUGGAGAGAAUCUUCAAACAAUUCAAAAGCAAGAGGCAGCAAAACAUUGCAAGUGCACAAUAGCUGAUGUUGAGAAUACAUUGGCAAAGUUUACUUGGGCAAAAGAAGCACAAACGAAACUUGAGAAGAUGAAGGAAGAAGGGAAGCCAAUGCCAAAGAACAUGGCUGAGGUUCAAAAGUUGAUGGGUUCAUCCCCGAUGGAUGUUGCACGAUCGAACUUGGCUAAGAGUGGGCAUAUUAGUAGGAAUGCAUUCUGUCCUUGUGGUUCCAAGAAGAGAUACAAAAGGUGUUGCGGGAAGGAUUCAACAAUUUAAAGAAACAGGAGAGAAUAAGUCAACAAAUCUAGCUAAAGAUGAGGGGCAAACAUGUCCAAAAGAAGAAAUUCUUCAAUGGUCGGAAUGACAUUUCCUUUUUGUACUCUUGAUAUUCUUUUUCCCCUUUUCUCCUGGCGUACGUGAAAAAGAGUGACAAACUCAUUUUUAUUCGGUCAUGGUUUGGUCAAUAGAACUAGAGUCGGCUUCCUUAAUUAAGUCCGUUGUUCCUCAGUAGCUCGGUAAUAUUUAGUGUGGCAGAUUGUUGAUUACUAGCAAUAACUCGUGAUUCCAAACGAUGUGCAGACGGCUUGUCAGUUGAUUGCUGUGGGUGCCAAUGUUAUGUCGUUUAAUAAUUAGAAAUGAACCUGUAUGUUCGCUAAUG